AAAACCAAAAACCAAAAAGGAGUGGUGAAUGGUGAGGGGUGGACUGGAAGGAAAAGCUAGCAUCCAAAAUCACUCAAAAAAAAAAAAAAAAAGAAUCAACUCAGACAAAACUGACGCAAAAAGGAUUCAAUUGAAGACAAGCAACCCUUAAAAUCACCCAUUAAAUUGUUGCCCAAGGUAAGAAGAACAAAAUUCUACCAUUCAAUGGAUGCCUUCUCUCUCUCCCCAUUAGUCAAAUUCACAUGUGAGCUGUACUUCACCUCUCCAUAGUUGUUCACACUGUAUCAAAGCUCUCUCUCUCUCUCUCUCUCUCUCUCUCUCUCUCUCUCUCUCUGAAUCUGAACUAUGGAGAGGGCUCCUGUGUGUUAUCCCCUGGCUUUAGCUAUGGUGGGGAUGGUGGCGUUGGUGGCCUGUGCGGGGGCAGAGGAUAGGCUAAUAAGCCCGUCAAAGCUGAAAAUGUUUGUGGACAAUCUUCCGGAUAUGCCCAGAAUUCAAGCUUACAAGAUCGUCAAUGGCAUCCCCGUUUCGAAGUCUCUCAAGAUCGGCAUGUAUCACAAGAAAUGGAAAUUCCACAGAGACAUCCCCGCAACACCCGUCUUCGCCUACGGUGAAUCCAAACAUGCCGCAACCAUCCCCGGACCCACCAUCGAGGCUCUCCACGGCGUCCCAACAAACGUGACGUGGCGCAAUCACCUCCCUCCACGCCACAUUCUCCCCUGGGACCCAACCAUCCCCACCGCCGCACCCGCCUCCGGCCAGGGCGUCCCCACGGUGGUGCAUCUCCACGGCGGCAUCCACGAGCCCCAGAGCGACGGCCACGCGCAGUCAUGGUUCACCGCCGGUUUCAAACAAGUGGGACCCACCUGGACCAAGAAGAAAUACCAUUACAACAACUUCCAGCACCCGGGAAAUCUAUGGUACCACGAUCAUGCCAUGGGGCUGACCAGAGUCAACCUUCUCGCCGGCCUGAUUGGGUCCUACAUCCUCCGCCAUCCUGAUGUCGAGGCCCCGCUCGGGCUGCCCUACGGCGAGGAGUUCGAUAGACCGUUGAUGGUCUUCGAUCGGAGCUUCCGCACAAAUGGCUCUUUGUAUAUGAACUGCACAGGAAACAACCCCAGCAUACAUCCACAGUGGCAGCCGGAGUACUUCGGUGAGGCGAUCAUCGUCAACGGCAAGGCCUGGCCCCGCAUGAUCGUGCGGCGGAGAAGGUACAGGUUCCGCAUCAUCAACGCCAGCAACGCUAGAUUUUUCAGGUUCUUCUUCACCAACGGUCUCAGAUUCAUCCACGUGGCAUCUGAUUCCGCCUAUCUCGGGCAUCCAGUUGUAAGAGAUCACAUUCUUCUGGCCCCAUCUGAGAUUGCCGACGUGGUUGUUGACUUUUCCGAGUCAAAAUCGAACACAACUAUUCUAGCCAACGAUGCACCGUAUCCUUACCCGACGGGAGACCCGACCAACGAAUCCAAUGGCAAGGUGAUGAAGUUUGUGAUCAGGAGACGCUCUGAGGUCGACACAUCGCGAGUGCCUAAGCGUCUCAUCAAGUAUCCGAUGCCAAAUUUAUCCGGUGCUUCGCGAACACGAUACAUUACUAUGUACGAGUACACGAGCGAUAUAGAUGAGCCCACGCAUUUGUACUUGAAUGCGAGAUCGUAUGAGGAUCCUGUGACGGAGAUGCCCAAGGUGGGGACUAGUGAGGUGUGGAACGUGAUCAAUCUGACGGACGACAAUCACCCGCUGCACAUUCAUCUGGGUUUGUUUGCUGUAUUGGCUCAGACGAAGCUGGUGAACGUCAACAAGUUCCACAAAUGCAUGACGAAGAUGAACGACGCGAUCAAGUGCCACGUAGAUAAGUAUGCACGCGGCAAAAGAGUAGGUGUGCCGGCGCACGAGAAGGGGUGGAAGAAUGUGUUCAAGAUGAGACCUGGUUUCGUGACUAAGAUUUAUGUGAGAUUUGCUAACAUACAUUCGAAUGCAUCUUACCCCUUUGAUGCGACCGCGGAGCCGGGCUACGUUUACCAUUGCCAUAUAUUGGAUCAUGAAGACAAUGAAAUGAUGAGACCUAUGAAGUUGAUCAGAUGAGAAAUCCACACAAUCCGUUUCUGCAUACCCUAAACAUGCAUAGUAAGAGUCCCUUUUUUUAUUUUUUUACAUUUUAGAUUCAAUAAAGUCAUUUACUCCUUUUUCAAUAAUGUAAUUAUAUUUGGGAGUGUGAAUUUUAAAGUUUAAUUUAUGUGGAUUCAAAGAAAACUUUAUAUAA